AUUUAGAACUUUUAAACAGUUUUUCAGUUAAAUAAAUAGGAUUAGUCAAAGAUUGAUAGAUUUGCCCUCAUUUAUGUUAUUUUUAAUAUGAACUGAGCAUCUUGAAAUUGUUUAGCUGUAUUAACUGUGUUAGUGGUUAGUAGUGUAAUUUUGAAUGCACGUUUUGUCUUGUUUGGGACUUAUCACCCGAAUGUAUCUUUAUUUGAAUGUUAAGAUUCACACUGAACUAAUAACUGACUUGAAUUUUUUCGUUUUUUAACACUUAUUUUAUUUGAAAUAUACUUAAUCAUUCAUAAAAUUUCUUUUCUUUUUUUUAACAUUAAAAUUAUUUUAAGUGAAUAUGCUAAUAAGUUAGGUAAUUUGCCUGAAUGGAAUAGUUUAAAUGAUCAAUCUGGUCAAAUAAUGGGUACAAGUUUAACAAGACAAAAAUUAUUACAAGAUGCUAUGGAUAUUCAUUUGAAAAACGAAUUAAUUAGACAGCAAACAGAAGUCAAACGGUUGCGCAAUAUCUGUGAUCGUAGUGUUGAAGCAAUGUUUGAACAAAUGAAUAAACGUUUAGAUUCUAUAUCAAGUUUAUCAGCAUCAAGACGUAGUCGAGUACUUCUAUCUCAAGCAGUAGCUGAAUUAGCACGAGCUACUGCUACAGCAUCUGCUUUACAAUUAGCUGAAGGUUUAAUUGCAUUUAAUGAAACUGCUGAAUGGGCUAUGAAUCGUCUUCAAGCAGAUUUAGUUGAAACUGAAAGAGCAUUGGGAAAUUCAGAUUGGCUUACAGGUGCUCGUAUUAUCUACUCCGAAGUAGUUCGUCUACGAGCACUUACACCAGAUCCAAAUGAUCCAACGCGUUCAUUUUUAGCUUGGACUAAAUUAAUUUCAGCAGAAACUAAUUUUAAUAACAUUAAAGGACCACAACUUUCAUUACCUGUUAAUUUGCCAUCAUUAGAACCAGAACAAUUUGUUAUACCAACACCUACAAUAAAACGCAGUCAAGCAACUCAUGGAAAAUUAUCUAGUUCCGACGAACCGGAAUAUGGACCAGUUUAUGUUCCAUUUGUAUCUCAAUUGAUGGAUGUUGAGACAAGUGGGGAAUUCUGGUCACCUUAUCAUGUUGAAAAUUCCUUAUCAGAUGUAGGUGGAGUCAAUGAUUUAUCAGAUAAAUCAAAAAAUAACGACAUAAACUCAUUGAAAACAAAAGAUUCAAAUGGAACUACCUAUACAACCACUGCUAUCACUGCCAGUAAUGAUGAUGAUAGGGAUAGUGGUGAUUCAUCGAAAUCGACCAAUGAAGAAAAUUGGAUAUUUUCAGAUUUUGAUUUAAAUUGGGUGCAUAUUUUCGGCGUGGCUUUAUUUUUGGAUGCAUUAUGGCUUAUUCACAGAGUACUGCACACUAUAGAUACUGCUGAACGUAUAUUAUACGGUGAUGUUGUAUUCAUUGACCUUACUGAAGAAGGUCUUAGACGUCGAAUGACAGAAAGAAACAAACUACAAAAAGGAUUUAAACAUGCAUUUCAAACAAUUAUGCAGCCUAGUACAAUCCGAAAAUUAUGUGCAAGUGUCAUCGCACUUCUGAUUGUAACUCAAGCUUCUGCACAUUUAGACAGACUAUUAUCACAAGAGAUGUUAGACUAUAUUGGAUACUACGAUAAUUUGGUUCUUCCUGUUCAUUUACAUGCUCGUCUUGUAAAUGUCCAUGUGACACGUUCAGCUCAACGUUUGAAUCAAUAUGAAUUAACAAGUUUAGAAUCAGAAGUUAGUCGUAGAUUAAGAGAAACACAAUUUUUACUGCAUCAAUGGACUAUUUGGUUAAAUGAUGUUGAACAAGAACAAUGUCGUUUACUACUGGCAUAUAAAGCUGCUGCUCAAAAUUUACGAACUAAAAUGUUAGCACAAUUAAAUCGUAACUCAGCAUUAGCUAAAUUAAAUCUUCCUAUUCAUAUGAUAAAUAAGGAAAAACAACCAUCAACUUCCGAUUGGAAUCAUCAUUCUUCAUUUACACUCGAUGAUAUUAAAAGACAUAAUGAGUAUUCAGUUGCAGAUGCUAUAGUACCAAAACACUGUCGUAUGACACAAUCUGAACGUGAUAUAGAAUUAGCGGAAGCUCGUCGACUUGAUAUACCUUACUGUCCAUUGAAACCAAUUGUUCCAAAAUUGUUUAAAGAUUAUAAUGCUUCAUUAUAUUUUACUGAAGUUGUAUUACAAUCAGAGAAUUGGUUAUCUACAGCACGCGACUAUUUAGGUCGUUUCUUAUUUUGUGUAUUUAUUUAUGUUAGUGCUAUUGUUUUAUGGAAUACAAUGGGUUCAGUUGUAUGGCUUAUUUUAAAUAGACUUAAUCUUUUACCACAAAAAGUAUUAUUCAAAUCAGAUGUUACCAGUUGGCAACCAGUAGAUGUACCACAACAAUUAUAAAUCUUGAAAAAAAAACGAAAAAGGAUGAUGAGUUCAUUUUAUUGUGAUUAUUUCCAUUUUCUUUGCUCAUAUUCACUUUUAUCAUAACAUUAUUCAAACCAUGUUUUUCAUAAUCAAUUAUUGAAACUUGAUAUAAACCUAGGUGAUAAUAUUUAAACACAAAAAAUCAAUAUAAAUGAACCGGUUAGUCGAUACUAAUUGUUUAUUCUAUGAAUUGUAACCAAAUUAAACCCUUUGUUUUGUUUUUUGUUGUAAUAAAAUUUUCCAUGAAUUUAUUUUAAAAAUUAUUUCCUCUUUAUUUCCAUUUGUAUUCAAAAAAAUGUCAUUGAUUUUGUAGUAAAUAUACUGAUUUGUGUUCUUUUCUGGUUACCCAGUGCUCUCUUUCUGUCAUACUAAUCUGUUAAUUUGUACUAAGUUAACUAUUAUCAGUUUAUUGUUGUUUAUUUUCAAGCAGUUGGCUUUCAUCUAAUGGCAAAUAUUUUUUCAAGAAAUAGAACAAAUAAACGGGGCAUUUAUAUGUUAUCAUUUUUUUUUACCAUAUAUUAAAAUUACUGUGUAUGACAAUCAAUGUUAAAAAUUAGUCCAUCAUGUUUUCUUCAAAAUCUAAAUGAUUUGUGUGUAUUCCAACCUUUUUUUAAACAAAGAAAGGUUAAUCGACUUUGGCUUUUACACAAAAAAAUAUACUGUUUUGUUAAAAACUUAGUUUUAUUUGCAAGAGGAAUUCAGUGGAAUGGUAGCUUAGUGGUUAGUGUUCGAUUUUAUCCGCAAGCUCGUACAUUCAAAGCCAAGUAUACAAACCUGUACUUGGUUGAUUAGAUAAUAAAAGUCUAAAUAAAAUAAUAUGAUCUAUUUUCGUAGAUUAAUCAACUGACUAACGAAUAGGAUCAUCGUUAGUGGCAAUAUACACCGGCAUUGAGUGAUGAUUAAGAUGACUGUUCGCAGAGCAAUUCGUAUGACCAAUAUGAUUAUAAAAAUACUGA